AUGAAAGCUGUUGCAGUCUUCCUGCUGGUGCUGUGUUACCUGGCCGUCAGUCACGCCUGGAAGUGCAAGGAGGCCCCAUCGCUGAAUGGUGCUGUACAGGUUGAUGCCGGGCAGGGGAAAGUGGUCGCAAGAGACACGAAAUACAGAGCGUAUUUCCUAAGUGGAACAACUUGGCAAGCACUGGGCACAUAUCGUGUUCUCAAGCAUGUCUCGGUGGGACCUGCAGGAAUCUGGGCAGUUGACACCUCAAACAGGGUGUACAAAUAUGUAGCUGGCAACUUUCAACUAACCAAGGGUGGGUAUAUGCAACAGGUGGAUGCUGGUGGUGACCGUCAGGUUGUGGGAGUUUAUGGCAGCAGGGUCUACUGUCUGAGAAGUACCUACGCCUCAGCCUACACUGGAUCUGGCUCCUUGAGCUAGACUACGCUAGGAAGUCUGCAGUACUUCAGCUGCAGCCCAAAACACGGAUGCUGGGGAGUCGGCCCUAGUUAUCGGAUCUACUACACACAGAGAAUGACACCAACCUCCUGUAGCAUCAGCGGCUGGGUACAGGUGUCAGGGGCUGCAAAAAUGGUUGAAGUGGGAACUGAUGGAAAUGUCUUUAUGGUGGGUACAGAUGGAAACGUCUAUCAAAGAGUUGGCAUUUCCAGUAGUCGUCCGUACGGCACAAGUUGGUCAAGAGCCGUGAUGUGCGUGACCAUCCGCCACGGGUCCUACGACCUGGGCAAUCUUUGGUUUGUGACCAAACGGUGGAAAUAUCAUGCAGUGCACUCAUUAUUGUGUAAUCUUUCCUCUUUUAGAUGAUUCUGUA